AUGCGGCUCGCAAAUGAAGCUAUAAGACGAGUACGCCAUCCUAUACCAACAGUAAAUGAUGUUAGUUUUGCCCUGAAUGGAGCAAAAUUUUUCUCGAAACUUGAUUUGAGCCAAGCGUAUCAUCAGUUAGAACUGGACGAACAGUCUCGUUAUAUAACAACCUUUAGCACUCAUGUAGGUUUGUAUCGCUACAAAAGACUAAACUAUGGUACAAACGCUGCAGCGGAGAUAUUUCAGUACACACUCCAAACCGCACUGCAAGGGCUAAAAGGCGUCAAGAACAUAGCUGAUGAUAUCAUUGUAUUCGGCUCAACAAGAACUGAACAUGACGCUAAUCUUGACAAAUGUCUACAACGAAUUGCAAUGAAGGGCUUACGACUAAACCGAAGCAAGUGUAAUUUCCUUAGCACUACAUUGUCAUUUUUCGGACAGGUCUUUUCGAAAGAAGGUACUCAUCCUGAUCCUAGGAGAGUAGCUGAUCUAUUAAAUGCACCUUAG